AUUAUUAAAUGAUGAUGAUAAAAUUUUAAAUUUAUUAGUUAAAUCAUUAGCAAUGAUUCCAUUAAAUGAUAUUAAAUAUGAUAGAUUAUCUAUUAAAGGACUUCAAUAUCUUUUACAAUAUACAUUUGAAAAAGAAAUGAAAUUUGCAACUACUGAAUAUGAUGUUUUAAGAUAUAGUUCUAUGUUGGCUGCAAAACAAGUUUCUAAUCAAGCAUAUAAUUCUCUUAUGCAAAAUUUUCCAACUUUAGAUAAAGCAGAAGAACAGAUUAAAAGAUGGUUUAAUUUUAGAAAAAGGUUUCCUAAAGGAUGGUUCAUCAUAGAUCGUAGAAAAAUUAUUAAAAAAUUAAAACCUCUUAUUAAAUUUAUUGAUUUUAAACGAAUCAAAAAAGAAAUCAUAUAUAAUAUCAUUAUACCAUUAAGAAUUAUUCCAAAUGAAAUAAUUGAAAGUAUAGAUAAAUCAGGUUCAAAAUUAAAUGAUAUUAGAGGGAUACCAGUAUUAUAUAAAAAAUCUACAAAAUUUGAUUAUAUAUGGGAUGAUGUAAUUUGCGGUCGAGGUCUUAAAAUUAAGGAUAAUGGAAAGGUGGUACAAGCAACAAAUGAUAUGAUUUUUAGACAAAAUGUUAGAACUAUUAAGGGAUUAGAAAAAGGUAUUUUUGAAUGGGAAAUCAUUAUUGAAAAAUCUUGUGAAUAUACUUCAAUCGGUGUAUGCGGAAUAGAAAAUUUUGAUCAAGAGAUCUGGGCGGGAUAUCAAUCUAACGGAUGGGUAUUAAAUUUCAAUGGUUAUUGCUAUAAUUCUGGAAAAUGUAAUUAUUAUUGUGAACCAUUUACUAAGGAUGGUACCAAAAUUAUAGUUCAUUUAGAUAUGAAUUUAAGGACCUGUGCAUUUACAGUCAAUGGUACAAAGUAUCCAGAGGUAUCAGAAUGGAAUAAUUUACCAUCGAAGCUAUAUCCAGUAGUAUCAUUAUGUGCUUCCGCUCGAUGUCGAAUUCAACCUCAUCAAACAUAUGACUCACCAAAUCAAAAAGAUGAUUGAUAGGACUAAAAUUUAA